AUGUUAGAAAAUAGUACCCGGCUAAUUUCUACUAUUGUUUCGUCAUCGUCGUCAUCAUUAACAAACACUUUAUCUACUUCAUCAAUCUCCCCACCAGAACGCGCUCGAAUCAUGAUAAAUGCAAUUUACAUUGCAGGUGUUGCCUUUAUGGUAGGAGUUUUUCUCGUUUUACUUUGGGUUAAUUUAUGUAGCCAAAAUUGUUGGUGCUGGCAUGAUACACCCAUUGUCAACAGAUUCAAUCGUCAAUGGUUUAUACGAAGGUCUAUGGGAACAAGUAAUGAUAGUGCAUCAUCCAAAGAUCGGCAACAACGGAAAUCAUUAAACGAUGAUGAACUCGAAUAA